GGGUCCUGCCCCACACCAUGGCCGAGCCCGGCGCCACCUCCAGGCUCCGGCUCUCCGGGCUCUGCUUCCUCCUCCAAACCUUCACCAUCCUCCUCUUCGCUGCCUUUGUGCGCUUCAGCCCCGAGAGCGGCCCCGGGCUCUGCUCCCAGCCCCUCAACUGCAGCCGCAGGAUCCAGGAUUGGGGAUCGCAGCCCCCCCGGUUCCGGGAUGCCCACAUCCAAACUCUCCUCGGCUUUGGGUUCCUGGUGGCCUUCCUCAGCCGUUAUGGACCGGGCAGCGCGGCCAUCAGCAUCCUGGUGGUGGCCUUUGCCAUCCAAUGGGCUCUGCUGCUCCAGGGCUUCCUGCACCAGUUCCGGAAUGGCAAGAUCCACCUGGGAGCUCAGAGCAUGGUCCGUGCUGACUUUGGAGCUGCAGCCGCCCUCAUCUCCACCGGAGCUGUGUUGGGAAGGGUGAAUCCAGUGCAGACGCUGCUGCUGACCCUGCUGGGAGUCACCCUCUUCACCCUCAAUGAGUACACCCUGCUCACCCUCCUGGGGGUGAGCGACAGCGGCGGCUCCGUCACCGUCCACGCCUUCGGAGCUUACUUUGGCUUGCUGGUAUCCCGGCUCCUGCGCCAGCCCCAUGGCGAGCAGCGGGAAGAGCAGCAGGACACGGGGCACCAGCCGGACGUCUUCGUCGUGGUCGGAACCAUCUCCCUGUGGAUCUUCUGGCCCGGCUUCACCUCCGCCACCACUGCCCAUGGCAGCGCUGAGCCCUGGGCAGUGCUCAACACCUACCUCUCGAUGGCAGCGAGCACCAUGGCCACCUUCGUCCUCUCGCCUGUCCUCUACGAGCAGAGCACCCUGCGCAUGGUUCAGAUCCAGGAUGCCGCCGUGGCUGCUGUGGCCGUGAUGGGCAUGGCUGGGGAGAUGCUGGUCACCCCCUUCGGGGCGCUCAUCGCAGGCUUCCUGGCUGGUCUCAUCCCUCCGCUUGGCUUCAGGUUCCUCACGCCCUUCCUGCGUUCCAGGCUCAAAAUCCAGGACACGUGUGGGGUUCACAACGUCCAUGGGCUGCCCGGGGUGCUGGGCGCCUUGCUGGGCACGCUGCUGGCAGCACUGGCCACUGCAGAUGCCUAUGGUGGCAGGCUGGAGCCCGUGUUCCCGCUGCUGGCCCGGGGCAGCCGGACCCGCACGGGGCAGGCUCUGCUCCAGCUCAGCGCCCUGCUGCUCUCGCUGCUGCUGGCCGCGCUCGGGGGCUGCCUCACGGGUGAGUUGUACCUGGGGGGGCCGGGGAGGGGGCCCCGGGGCUGCGCUCGGUGCUGCCGCUAG